AUGGGCGUUCCUAUUGUUAUCCUAUUUCCUGAGAAAUACAAGAAUCGGUGUGGCAUCCAAGAUGGCGCCUUUGUCUGCUCAAACGUCUGUGAUGAGGACAUUUCGGACUCGGAGGCUUUUGGUUUCGCAUUGGACUUUUUAGGGUGUGUUUUGGAUCUCAACUGCGUGCGGUUUUAUGGUCUUUCGAGUGUUAAGCUCUAUGCUCAGACCCGCUGCAUCGGUAAGGUGACGGAAGCAAUUUGCAGGGUUGUCUCUCCCUGGGAAUUGUGCGGCAGUGUUGCGGAUAAGAACCCAGCAGAGGUUUUCUGGACCCGCACUUCAACUCUUCUGACGGACACCAUGUCUGUUUCAGGAACAUUGACGGGUUUGAAAGUUGAGGUUUCCACCACAGAGCUGACCAUAAGACAAACAACGUUUUCAAUUCCUGUGGUGCCUGAAGUCGAGAAGACUUUGGAAAAACCAAAUGCGGUGACGGUGGGUUAUUCCCCCAUUCUAACCGCUUUAACCACGGUAUCUGAAACCCCCACGAAUCCAACUAAUGUUUCCGUGACUUUUGGGAAUGGUACGGCCAAGGUUACGGCGGAAGUUUCUAACGCUGUAAUUUUGGAUUGGGUUUCUGCUACCUUUAGUGGUUUGGGAAUGACUGCUUUGGGACUCCUUAGUGCCUUAGGGUUGUACUGCCUUAGGAAGAAGCCCUGGUUGCGCCGGGCUCUUUUAGCCUGGAGGACCCGGAGGACAAGAUCAAUUCUGCGCCAUCUGGUGUUCAAAACGAGGGCAGAGCUGGAGAGGUCAUUGCCAUCGUCCAUUGAAAACACGAUUUUGGACCCGGUUUUUGAUUUUGUUGAAGCAUUUGGCGCAAUAUUAAACGAAAGCUUUGAUUCCGACUAUGUUUCGCCCCAGCACAGCAUGGCCAGGGUUGAACUUCGUCUUGCAAAACAACCCUCGGAGGAACUUAUUGAGGACUUUUUGGAACGUGCCAAAGCCCAUUUCCUGCUGUGCCAACCUACAGACAUGGAUGCAAUCAAUCUUCUCAUGAAUGCAGCUCAACCACCAGUUGCACGUUUCGUUUCCACACAACUCAAUGCAGGUACAACCACUCUUAACACCAUGCUCCAAAACGUCCAGCUACGCUUUGCACCUAAUCGUUUUGAAUACUACGAGAAACUUUUCAAGUACCGUAUGACUCCCACCACAUCCAUCCUGGAUGCUGCUCAUGACCUCCGCCGCUUACUCUUGGGCUACCUCCCCAUCCCUCCUGAAAACCUCCAGCAACAUGACACCAUCCUCACAGCCCUGGUCGUUGGACGCCUCACCGACAUCAUUCCCAGCCAUGUUGCCACCCGUCUCAAGUCUGACAUCCUUGACCGAGGCACCCUCUCCUGGGAUGAAACUCUGCAGCUGGCUAACAACCUGAUGGUCACCCCUCCUCGGCUACCAACCAUCCACCCUAGCCGAACUCCACGCAACCAGCUUCAUUGCAAGAUCCAUGGCUCCCGUGGACAUUCUGAUGCUCAAUGCUAUCAACAAACCAAAGUCCAAACCGGGAAACGACAAAACCGGGUUGGAUUAAUGGGGUCCAACCUUGGUACAUCCAUUCACCCCAUUCCACUUACUGGCCCUGACAACCAAUGCUACCAUGCUCAUGUGGACACACAGGCUACCUUGUCCGCUGUGCCACCUCACAUUGCCCAGCGGUGGGCUUCUGCAGGUUCCUGUCGUAAGAAAUGCACACAAACUGGUCACCUUGCCAAUGGAACAUCCUUCACCACCACUGAGACCAUCACAGCAAACUUGCGGACUGAGCUUGGCGAUCAGCUGGUUGUCACCUUUGCCGUGAUGGCAACCCCAAAUGCCAUGAUCAUUCUGGGCCUACCUGCUCUACAACAACUCCCUCUUGUCAUCAAAUACGCAGGCCGCCCCAUUUUUGAGGGAUGUCCACCUGUCCAAGUUGUUGCUGAACCACCGUCUCUUGCGGUGGGUGAUGGCAUCCAUUUUGCUGCUGGUACACCGGAACAGCAGGAUGCUGUCCGUCACCUGCUCCUCAAACUCAAAGACAACAUGUUUGAGUGGUCUGGCAAAUUUGGCCUCUUUCACGAUUUUGUUGAGGACAUCCCCCUCACUUCCAUGGCUCCUGUCCAGCCCCUGCAUUGGACUCCCAAUGCUACCAAGGCAUUUCAACAAGUCAAAGCCGCCAUCACUGCAGGCACCAUGCUACGCCGUUUUGACCCCAAUAUGUAUACUGAGGUACACUGUGAUGCCUCCAAAACUACACUUGGCGCAGUGUUGCUGCAGGGUACUGACCCCAACAAUCUUCAUGUGCUGGAGUAUGCCAGCAAAACCCUGCAACCUGCCCAAACCCGAGUUGCGCUUCAUUGUACUGCACGUCUGGCCAACCAGCCCCUGCAUUGGACUCCCAAUGCUACCAAGGCAUUUCAACAAGUCAAAGCCGCCAUCACUGCAGGCACCAUGCUACGCCGUUUUGACCCCAAUAUGUAUACUGAGGUACACUGUGACGCCUCCAAAACUACACUUGGCGCAGUGUUGCUGCAGGGUACUGACCCCAACAACCUUCAUGUGCUGGAGUAUGCCAGCAAAACCCUGCAACCUGCCCAAACCCGCUACUCCAAUUCCGAGCGGGAGCUUUAUGCCAUUCGCUGGGCAGUUACCGAAAAAUUUCGCCCCUACCUUGAGGGACGUGCCUUCACCGUGGCUACAGACCAUCAAGCAUUGUUGCAUGAACUACGCCUCAAGGAGCCAUCCCGUCGCAUGGUCUACUUCCUCCUCCAGCUUGCCAGCUACAAUUACACCCUACGGCACAUCAAGGGAACUGCCAACUGCGCUGCUGAUGCCCUCAGUCGGGCCAUAGUACCCUUGGAGAAUGCUGGCUCUUCCACCACCCUAGCCUCCUUGGAUGGGUCUGCCGCCUUACCAGUCCCGCCAAACCACAACCAUUCUGCUUCUUCAUUGCAGCUCUGUGCUGUCCAGAACACACGCAAAACCAUCCUCAAUCGCCACCAGCAAAGCUGCCUUAUUAAUCAGUGCCAUCACCAACUGGGUCAUGCCGGCUGGAAACCUGUAUUCUGCACCCUCCGUCACCGUUUUUUCUGGCCUCAGAUGCGGCAAGCAGUUUUUCAACAGUUGCGCUUCUGCAAGCCAUGCAUCCGGUACAAUGCCCCUACUACUGCUGUGGGCACUGCCUUACAACCCCUCCAUUCCACACACCCACGGCAUAUCUUGUGCAUUGACGUUGUGCCUAUGCCACAGGCUGGAGAACUCAAGUACAUCUUCCUUGCUGUGGACCAUUUUUCCAAAUUUGCUAUUGCCCAGCCUUCCACCUCUGCUACUGCUUCUGGCAUUGUUUGUUUCCUUCAUUCUGUCUUUCAUCAACUUGGACCUUUUGAAAUUCUUCUCUCUGACCCUGGUCCCCAGUUUCGUUCUCGACUCCUUGCAAAUUUUUUACUCCACACAAAUGUGCAACACACCCUUACUGGUGCUCGACAUUUUGAGGGCAAUGGUUGCUUAGAACGUUUGGUGCGGACUCUUCAGGAAAUUUUGGCCAAACUUGGGGCACAGAAUCAUAAUUGGCCAUCUUAUCUGCCUGCUGCUCUCCAAGGUUACAAUGCUCGCCCUCAUUCCACCACUGCCACGGAACCCGCUGCUGCUUUUUUUGGAACCCCAAUUCAUUUGCCUCUGGACAAGCAUUUUCAAACACAUGGGCCAUUGCCAGCCUCCCACAAUCAGCUGCUCCACCAUCGACAUCAGCAGACAGCCAGCUGGCAAAGGGCCUCUGCUCGUCACCGUCCCAGGAUUUUCACCCCUGGCCAGACUGUGCUGCAUUGUCCUCGGCGCCCAUCCACCAUGCGCCAUGCUCGUGGUCGCCGUUUUUUACCCAAACGGAAAAGAAAAUCUGGAGAAUGUGGCCAUGCGAACAACAAGAAGAAAGAGUUGGGAAUCCGGUGGUGUGAUGACAGAAGAAGCGCAUUCACUCCAUACAGGGCUUCUACCACGUUGACGAACCUGUCUCGGGGUAACGUCAAAACGCACGUACAAGAAGUCACCCCCGAUGAAGUGAGUCUAUUCCAGUUGGCAGCCCAAGGCGAGCUAACCGCCGAAUCCCUGGCCAGUGGCACUGAGGGCGAAGUGGACUUGACAGCUGGAGACGAUCAAGGACUCACUUUACUCAUGUGGGCUGCGGCUCACGGGCAAUGCAAGACUGUGGAAUUGCUGUUGGACCAUGGUUCGGAUCCGAAUCAGGAGGGAAUCGAUGAUUGCACCGCGCUGCUCUUGGCGGCAUCUGGUGGACACAGUGAAGUUAUCAAGCGUCUGUUGAGAGCCGGGGCACGAUUGGAUCAUCACGACGAGAAUUGGAACACGGCGUUGAUGUACGCGUGUUACAAUGACCAUGCGAUGGCAGUUCACGAGCUCCUGAGUGCCGGUGCUGAUUUCACUGUUGAAAAUCUCUGUGAAGACACUGCGUUGAGUCUGUGUGUUAAGCGACAAGCCUUAGCUGAAAUACCUGACUUUUCGGAAGUGAUGGCCGGCGUGCGCAGCGGCUUGUACUCGCGCUACCUCAAAAUGCUGGAAAAGUGGCCCUUGGACGAAUCCAAACGUGGUCGUGAUCUCGCCGAAGUGCUUCGUUCCCGCGUGACGAAUGCGUUUUCCGGCGCCGGCGCCACUGAAGAUCCGUUGGUGGCAGGCGGCGACGCCUAUUUGCGGUGUCUGAUGCGAAUUGCCACCAAUGUGCAUCGCGACGCCAAUCGGCGUGUCCGUGACACGUCUGCGUCUGGCUUCAAUUUUGACGAAUGUCACGCUGUCGUGUCCAACGAGGCCAUGAAGCUGUACCAGAGCAGCGAAGAAUCCUCCACGUCAUCAGUGUUGAAUAAGUUUGUGAGUGGGCUGAAGAAGGAAGAUUCUGCCCAUCAAGAGAAAGUGUGA